CCUGUUUUUCUUACUCAUCGGCUUUAAUCCUCUGCAACAAUGUUUCGAUUCGUAGCUCGAUCGGCCGGAGGUAAGCAUCUCCUCCGCCGAGGGUAUGCCACAGAAUCCGCACCCGACCGGAAAGUUGCGGUCUUGGGCGCUGCCGGAGGGAUCGGCCAGCCCUUGGCUCUCCUCAUGAAGCUUAACCCUCUUGUUUCUCGACUGGCUCUCUAUGAUAUCGCUAAUACUCCCGGCGUUGCAGCUGAUGUCUGCCACGUCAACACCAGAUCUGAGGUUUCAGGUUACUUGGGGCAAGCUUUGGAGGGAUGCGAUGUCGUCGUCAUUCCCGCUGGUGUGCCAAGAAAGCCUGGUAUGACCCGUGAUGAUCUUUUCAACAUUAAUGCCGGAAUCGUCAAGGGUCUAUGUGCUGCUAUUGCCAAGUAUUGCCCUAAUGCACUUGUUAAUAUGAUCAGCAAUCCUGUCAAUUCAACUGUUCCGAUUGCAGCUGAGGUUUUCAAGAAGGCAGGGACUUACGACGAGAAAAAAUUAUUUGGUGUAACUACCCUUGAUGUGGUUAGGGCUAAGACUUUCUAUGCCGGGAAGGCAAAAGUAAACGUUGCAGAUGUUAACGUCCCAGUUGUUGGUGGUCAUGCUGGAAUAACCAUUCUCCCUCUAUUUUCCCAUGCCACACCAAAAGCGAAUUUACCUGAAGAUGAUAUCAAGGCUCUCACAAAGCGAACACAAGAUGGAGGCACUGAAGUUGUGGAAGCAAAGGCAGGAAAGGGUUCGGCAACAUUAUCAAUGGCCUAUGCUGGAGCCCUUUUUGCUGACGCUUGCCUUAAAGGACUGAAUGGUGUUCCCGAUGUGGUGGAAUGUUCAUUCGUCCAAUCGACUGUUACUGAACUUCCUUUCUUUGCUUCUAAGGUAAGGCUCGGAAAGAACGGCGUGGAGGAAGUUUUGGGGUUGGGUCCUCUCUCUGACUACGAGAAGGAAGGGUUGGAGAAACUUAAACCAGAACUUAAAGCAUCUAUAGAGAAAGGAAUCAACUUUGCCAACAAGAGUUAAAUUUUAAUCAUUUGAGAUUUUCUUGCAU